AAAAAAAAAAAUAAAUAAAAUGAAAAAAAAAGAAGAAAACUGCAGCUGCUGUGUAAUUAGUUCAACGUUUUCUUCUUCCAGCGCGACCGACGACAAGACAUGAUAAUUAAUCUCUUGUUUACACAACAAUACAAUUAAUAAUACAAAAAAAAACGAAAUCUGUGCACUAUAAUGUGAUUUAUUCAAUGAAAUAAACAAUAAAUUCCUCUUAGCUUUUAGCAAAGAAAGCAUCUACUAUCUCAACUCAACCUCCCCCCGCCGUUGUCGUUCACUGUGAUGCUCCCUUUAUAUGAACGUGUCGGCGGCCCAAAACCCCGAAUCCAAUUUGCAUUCGGCCGCUUCGCAAUCUACACCGUCUGCUUGCCACUGCUCAGUUUUAUAUUCUGCGUAAUCUGGUCGGUUCUGUUCUUCUUCGAACGCUCCACCUUCACCCAUUGUGAUGUACCCAAUUACCUUCCGUCCAUAUCUGCAGCAAUUGGCAGCUACCAGCCACAACGAUUCGUCUGGCAGUUGGCCAUUUGCAUUCAUCUCCUACCGAGAUUAGGCGUAGCCAAAAUGUACGUUGAGUAUUAUCAUGAAAUUAUUCGUUUUAAGUUUAUGCCAUUGGCGCAUUUUGCCUGCCUGCUAAAUGUAAUAGAAAAUUUUGCUCUACUCGGCUUAUCGAUGUGGACUUCGAGCGAUAGCUAUGAAACGCACAAAUUCUGUUUUAUUUUAUUUAUUGCAACGAGCGAGAUUUACAUGCUGAUUUCGUAUUUUCUUAAUAAACUUGGCAAAAAGAUGUCAACGCAAACGAGGCAAGAGGAAUUGGCUUUGAGGGCGAAAGGUAGUUUGUUUUUAAUCAAUAUAAUCGCUUUUGCCAUGGCUGGGUAUUUCUUUGUGCGGCACAAUAAAUUCUGUGAACCAGGAGUCUAUACGUACUUUGCCUUCUUUGAGUAUAUUGUAGUGCUGACAAAUAUGGGCUAUCACAUGACAGCGUAUUGGGACUUUUACGGACGCAGUCUCUCAUUCGAUUGGGAGAAUGGGCUUUACUUUACACGGUCAUAGACCAAAAAAAAACAUUAUAGUGCAUUUUACUUAAUUUUUAUUAGAAAUUCUACAAAACAAACAUAGUUUGUAGCCAAAACCAAAAAAAAAAACAAAACAAUUCUUCUUAUUUUACUAAUAGUGGAGUAACUUAAACAAAUUAUUAGGGAACCCGGCCGAAUAGGUCCGAUUUUGAUGAUCUUUUUUUUUCAAACGUCGGUAUUUAAAAAUAGGUACUUUAACCUAUAGGUUAACUCUUUCCGGGGUAAUGGUAUCAAAAAUGUACCACCUUUUUUAGCAUUUUUUUAAGCUUGUCCAUUGGUAUUAAAUGAAUACCACAUUUUUUUCUUGGAGAUAUUGGUUUCAACUUACAUAGAAAUGUGAUAUUAAUUAAAUACCAUUGCACAUUGCUUGACAAAAAUGCUAAAAUUAUUGAUACGAUUUUCAUACCACUGCCCCGGAAAGAGUUAAAAAUUGCCGAUAUUGACGUAUUGU